AUGUCAGAGGCGUUGAUGGCAGGCGGCCUGCCCCGCUCCCUGCAUUCCGUCGACAAGCUCUCUGAUACACACCAUUCCCCUCAUACCCCCCAGGACUUUGCUGCUGCAUAUGACAACGUGAAAGAACUAGAACGCAUCCUCCGCAUGAACAUGUUGAACCACAUCGAAGAGGAUAGAAACGUCAAGUGGAAGGACGAGGCCAUCAAGCACGGGCUGAAGAUGGUGGAUGAAGAGAGAAAGCGAGGAGAUGCAGAAAGGAUGAUCCUCUUGAAGAGGAUAGAGUUCCUGUCCGAGGAGCUGGAGGAGUCAAAGAAUCAGCUGGUGGCUAAGACGAAGGAAUGCGAUGAGUUGUUUGAAGUAGCCCAAGAGCUGUCAGAAGAGUUGUCACAACAUGUAUCUUUCGACGAGGACGAAGCUGGGGAGGCUGGACCGAACAAGACGGUGAGCAAGAGACCGAUCAUCCAGAACGCCUUGAAAAACAACCGCUCCUCGAGGGGCAAGAACUGGUUCUCUUUCGCGGACAUGUUCACGUUUCCCAACUGGUGCUCGAAGCCUCAAUGA